UUGUCCCAGCGGAUCAGCAAAUCAAAAUCCUUGUCCAUCGGGGACCUAUGGAAACAUGUCAGGACUCAUUGAGGAAUGGCAGUGUUUACUGUGUGACCCUGGCAUGUACUGUAAAGGAACAGGGAGGACUUUCCCCAGUGGGCCAUGUGCUGCAGGGUUCGUAUGUGUUGGGAGAGCCUCUGAACUUUCACCAUCAGAUGCAUUGACUGGAUUCCCAUGCCCUUCUGGUUUCUACUGCACUGUGGGGACCUCUGUACCAAAACCAUGCCCAAAAGGAACAUUCAGCGAGCAAAGUGGGCUUGUGCAUGAGUCCCAGUGUCGUAGCUGUAGUCCUGGCUUCUACUGUUCAGGGACCGGCCUCUCUGCGGUCUCUGGACCCUGCCUGCCAGGUUUCUACUGUCUAGAAGGAUCCCAGACUGCUACUCCAAUGUCAAGUGUAUCUGGAAGUGUUUGUCCAGCAGGCCAUUACUGCGCAGAGGGCAGCAGUGUACCCUCACCCUGUCCAGCUGGCUCUUACCAAAAUGAGACCAGAGGAAAAGCCAAAGAUGACUGCAAACCAUGCCCUCUUGGCUGGUUCCAGGAUUUAUCAGGCCAGAAAGAGUGUAAUCCCUGUCCUGCUGGGUUUCACUGCCACGUCCUGAGUCCCAGCCCCACCAGGGGCAGCUCCAUUGGAGUCUCCAGCCCUCUGCCAUGCCCAGCUGGUUACAUCUGUCCCAGGGAGAGUCCAGACAGUCAGCCUCUCCCCUGCCCUAAAGGCACCUACAGCCCCAGCCAGGGUCUCACCACCAUAGGGGAGUGUCUAGUGUGUCCAGCCGGUCAGUUCUGUGGGUCUGAAGGUUUGGUUGAGCCCUCAGGAUCAUGUGCCGCUGGGUUUCUUUGUCUGAAGGGUGCCACGGUGCCGAACCCGACUGACAACACAACUGGAUCUCUCUGUCCACCAGGGAUUUUCUGCCAACAGGGGCAACGAGCUGGUGAUUGCUGGGCAGGGUUUUAUUGCACAUCGGGCUCUAGCAGGGCAGAUCAAGCUCUGUGCCCAGCUGGUUUCUUCUGCUCCAGUGGAACACCAGUCCCCAUGCCUUGUCCUGCAGGCACAUUUAGCUCUGCAACAGGAAACACACACCAGGACAACUGCACCACCUGCACCCCUGGGUUCUACUGUCAAGUUGAAGGUACUGUACAGCCUGCACUGUGUCCCUUUGGAUACUACUGUCCUCCAGGACUGACUCUAGGACUAGAGUUUCCUUGCCCCCCUGGCACUGUGCAGACCCAGCUUGGAGCCUCCGUUCCUGAAGCCUGUCUGUCCUGCCCUGCUGGAAUGUUCUGCUCUCAGUCUGGUCUGUCCCAGCCCACAGGACUCUGUGAAGCAGGAUACUACUGUCCUGCUGGAUCAACCAGCCCGAACUCUACUGAGUAUCAGGGGAAUUCUAGUGGAAGCCAUCUCUGCCCUUCUGGCCACUACUGCCCCACAGGUACUGGCUAUCCACUCCCCUGCCCCACAGGCUCUCUUUCCAUCUCCCGAGGACUGAAUGGAGUUGGUGAAUGCCCACUCUGCCCGCCUGGACUGUUUUGUGACAAGCCUGCAAUGGCGGAGUUUUCAGAUGCUUUCCCAUGUCAUGCCGGGUAUGUGUGCCUGGGUGGUAGCUCAAGUCCCACCCCGUCAGAUGGUUCCCAUGGCUACCUCUGCCCCGCUGGCCAUAGCUGUCCUGUUGGCUCAGCAAGUGAGAUGCCCUGUGAGCCUGGCACUUACAGUCCCGCCCCUGGAGCAGCCCGCUGCAUAAUAUGCCCCAAAGGGACAAUGUGUUCCUUCUCAGCCACUCAAGAACCCUCUAUCUGCCCAGCUGGUCAUUUUUGUCCUUCUGGGACAGCCCUGCCUCAACCCUGCCCUUUAGGGACUUUCAACAACCAGAAUGGAGCCCACUCUCUCUCUGCCUGCACGCCCUGUCCCUCUGGAGUCUACUGUGGUUCAUAUGGAGCCUCAGUGCCACAAGGGUCUUGUUUGGAGGGUUAUUUCUGCCAAGGUGGGGCCAUGGGACCAACACCGCAUUACUCUGACAACUUCCCCAGGAAUGGCCCUUGCCCUGUGGGCCACUACUGUCCAGCGGGGUGCCUCACCCCAGUUCCAUGCCCUCUUGGCAGUAUUCGCAAGACCACUGGAGGUGCGUCCAUCGAGAGCUGCUCUGCCUGUCCUGCAGGUCACUACUGUUCCACUGAGGGUCUGGCCAACCCCAGUGGCCCCUGUGCUGCUGGUUUCUACUGCCCUUUUGACUUCUCUUCAACCACUCCCUAUGCCUUCCUCUGUCCCAAGGGCCACUACUGUCCAGAAGGCUCUGCCCUGGCCUUGCCUUGUCCCACAGGAGAGUACCAACCGAACCCAGGCUCAAAUAGCUGUAUCCCCUGCCGACCUGGAUUCUACUGUGAGGAGGCCAUAGUGGGGGAGCCAUGGCCCUGCCCACCACACUCAUUCUGCCCUGCAGGCACCAUGGUGCCUCAGCCUUGCCCAAAUGGGACAUACACUCAUUCAAACCAGGGAGGACUACAGGAAGAGAGAGAGUGUUUACCCUGCCCUUCAGGGAAGUUCUGCAGGGCUGGAAGGAUCCAGGGCGCGUGUGCUGCAGGAUAUAUUUGUGUUUCUGGGAGUGCAGAUUUCACCCCUCAGGGAUCAAUAUCUAAAUUGACACAGUGUCAGUGGGGCAUGCACUGUGCUGGACCAUGUCCACCAGGUUUCUAUUGUCCUGAGGGCACAGAGGCAGCUCUGUUGUGUCCUGCGAAUACUGUCAGAAGCUCCCCUGGAGGUGCGAGCCUACAGGACUGCUUACCCUGCCCACCACUGCACUGGUGUAAACCUGGAGAUCCAGUCCUUCAUCUGUGUCCCGCUGGUCAUUACUGUGAUGGUCUGUCUGGCAGUAAUUUCAGUCGAGGGGCAGGACCCAGACCAUGUCCUCUGUACACCUAUCGUGCUUCCCCUGGAGCAGGCAGCAAGGGCGACUGCCUGCCCUGCCCUCCUGGUUCACACUGUAACAGUACAGGGCUUACAGACUACUCCAACAGUCCCUGCCCACCUGGUUACUGGUGCAGUGGGUCUGGACCCCCCAGCUUCUGCCCUGCAGGCACCAAGAGGCCCCUUCCAGGAGCGGCUACACCCAGACAGUGUGAACCCUGUACAGGGGGAACCUUCUGCCCGGACCCUCGGGCUACAGGGAAGCCCAAUGUGGAGGGGAUACCUUGCAGGGCCUCUUAUCAAUGUCCCAUGGGUGCAGUCUCAGAGAAGCCAUGCAGAGCUGGCUCAUACUGUGGACCACAGACUGCUGAACCUCAAGUCUGUCCUGAAGGUUAUUUUUGUCCUGAGGGAUCUCAUAGCCCCAAACAGCUCUGUCCAUUUCCCUACUACUGCCCAGCCAACAGCUCUGCCAUGAAGUCCUGCGAAGGCGGUUCCAUGCCUGUCAGCAGCAGCGGGCUCAGGGGAUCCAAAAACAGCUGCUGUAGUGUGUGUGAUGGAGGCACCUAUCGUCCCUAUCUCUCCCACAUACCACAGUGCCUUCCAUGUCCACCAGGAUACUUUUGUCCCCCAGGUACUGACAACUACAAGAGUAACCCUUGCCUUUUUGGUUAUGUCUGUCCCAUGGCAUCCAACCAACCGAUACCCUGCCCCCCUGGUUCCUUUGGUAAUCUCACCUAUGCUGAGAAAAUGGGUGACUGCCACCCAUGUCCAGCUGGCACCUUUAACCACCUGCCUGCCCAGAAGGCCUGCUUUCCCUGUGGCAGCUCCUCUACCUCACCAGCCGGUUCCUCUUCUUGCACCUGUAAGGGUAGGAACCGUGCCUUCCAGCAGUCGGAUGGCUCAUGUUUGUGUAGAACUGGUUUUAUCUUCUACAAUGAGCUGGAUUUCAAAAGCUCUGCGUCUGACAGUGAAUUGGACUGUCAGCCUGAGGUGAGCAGACGGUGUGCCGCAGGGCAGGUGCGUCUGGCAGCAUCCAGAGAGUGUGUGUCACCCUCGCUCCACUCCUGUAAUAUCACCUGUGGACCACAUGGAGGAACUCUGGAUGUGGAGAUGGGAAUCUGCCGGUGCGAGCGAUAUGUGUCUGCUGAGGAGCUCUGUAAUACUUCUUGCCUUUCCCGACUGCCUCAGCUCUCUGCUCAGCUCUCGCCAGAUGGACACCUGCUGCUCAGCCUGAAAGAAAGAAACAGCAUGGUCUGGGCAAGGACUGUCAUGGAUAUUUUAGGACCAGAUAUCCAUGCAAAAAAUUUUGGGAAUAUCCAUCUGGUCCAGUUUGACUCUGAAGGAGUGUUUGGUUGGAUUCCCACACAGAGCGGGCUUAUCAGUCAGUUUCUGUCAGAACCAACACAACUCCUAAAUACAAGAGCCAGAAAGAAGAGAGACACAGAAGAUGAUGAUGGUGACCUGGCUGUUCUUCCUCGGAUCCCCAACCCCAUUGCCUGUCUUGCCUCUGGUGACAUGCUCAUUUUCCAUCUCACCAUCAACCACACUGACCGCCAUUUGAGUCACUUCCCAGUGUAUCAAAAGGACCACCUGUUUAAUAGUAACCCCAGCUGGGACUUUGGAGCCUUUCGACAUCUGCAGAUACUCAUGAAGCAGACAAACUUCAACUCCACGAGGUUUGCCCACGUGUUUUCAGAAACAGGGAAGUAUGUAUUUGUGGACAGUGCUGUCCCAGAGUGGAGUAUGGUGGUGGUGGUCAGUGAGGAGGGGACAGAAUGUGAUUCCAGGGCAUCUGUGUUCCAGCCCAUGACCCCGGCACAGCUGGUGAGAUAUGGGAUUGUCAAGCAGCACAGACUCAACCUUCUGCCUGACUGGGGAGUGAUUGCAGGGAUCCUGAGUCUGCUGCUGGUUGUAGUUGUAGUCCUGACCACCACAGUGCUGGUUCUGCGACCCAGCAAAACAAAGCUGAUCUCCCAGUGGAGGAUGAAGCCAAAGUGGCGCAGCCUCGGGGAGCCCUUCUGUCCAGUGGGGUGUGUUUGCAAUGGAGACAGCAUAGCUACCCCAAGCAUAGGUGGUGUCCUAGGCAGUAGGGGUGUAGGAGAAGGAGCAGAGGCUGAGGAACCUGCUGUCUCAAAGGGAGGAAUUGUGUCAGGGCGCUGUGAUUUGGAGGAGUUCAAUGUGAAAACUCUGUAUGACAAACUAGAGGAUCAGAACCUCCACAUAGCCUCACAACUGGCUCGACACCGCAAAGACACCCAGGAAUUCUACAGAAACAUUUGUCAACACACCGAAACCCUGAAGGAUGUCUUCGAGAAUAUGGAUCAUAAAAAACUGAGUCUUCUUAAAGAGCUGCUAGUCCAUAAUGCAAUGAGGGAUAAACCAUCCUACAACAAUGCAAGAGAGAGAGAUACACAAGCUGAGGCUUCUGUAGCAUUACUGCAAAAUGUUCUCAGGUCUGUGGAAGCUCUCUUAUGCAGGCUGACUGGAGAAACUUGGCAAAACCAAGAUUUGACUGGUCUCCCAUACUGUCAUACUGGUCCUCAUGAUGCCAGGCCCACCAACAUGUGUUAUACACAGUUUUCAUCAAUGAAUAUGACCAAAGCAGACGCUCUUCCCCAUGAGCCAGUCCAUCUCCAGAGUACAGCCCUUUGUCUAAGUGACCAUGACCUUUCCAAGAUGGUCAGCAUGUCUCCUCUAUUCAAGACCCUACAGGAGAUCCAGCAGUCUUUACAGAGCCUCACCACAGUUGCGCCUAGUCAGCAUCUCCACAAUGCAGCUACAGAGCAUUCUGUCCAGGAGAACCAUGAUGGGCAACUCAUCCCAACUGCACUGGACAACCUCUCACCUCAACACUCUGCUGUUUUCCUGUUUGGUUGCCAGGUGAUGCAGUUGCUUGAAAACUGCCCCCUGUUCCCCUCUGUGCUUCUGCUAGUGGCCAAGUCAAUUCCCGUUUCUUCAUCCUCCUCUAAUGAGGUUAUGCUGGCACAUUGCUCAGGGGACUUUUAUUUUGAUGCAACCAAUCAAAUCCUUUAUCUGUCAGAGGCAAAGCUUCAACACGUGGGACAUUUUAUCGCCAUCAUCCUGCAGUCCAUGGCCCACAUAGCAUCAGGAUCCAAACCCCAGAGCUUUAUGCAAGCUCUCCAUGAGGCCAUUUCAGCUCUAAGCCUUCAGCUGUUCAACUUCUCUUUCAAAUGGAGCACAGCAGAGUCAGAACUCAAUGCUUCAGAGAGGCAGCAUGGUGCAUUAGCUAAAGAAUUUCUCAACAUCAGAGUUCCCACUGAAGCGCAUUUCACUGAGCACCUAUUGGCUAGCAGACUGAAGAAAUACAAAUAUUUCAAGUUAGAGCAGCUUAUCUCUAACCUCAAACAGAGUCCAGCUGAGGGCACAGACACAGGUUUACCACCAAAAGGGACGCCGAUGCAGAGAUCCUGUAUAGAGGAGGAGAUCGACUGCUUGAACGAGUCCUUCCUGCAGCUUAGCGUGCAGCUACAAAAGAGAGCUCAAAUGAGCACAUGGCAAAAGGAGCGAGAGAGCAGUGCUGGAAACCAUUCUGCGAGGGCAACACCAACAAGCAUGCCAAGCCUGAGUCGUAAUGGAACAAUCCUACUGGAGCUGAAGAGGCGCUAUGUAUCACAGCGCCUCAAUGAGCUCCAAAUCACAUUAGGCCAGCUCACACAGUGCCAGCAGCACGACAGCGAGUCAAAACACAGGACAAGAGGCCGUGCGCAGACAGACAGCAGCACCACUCAGCAGGAGCAGAGGGAGUAUUAUCCUGGCGUAGAUGGCUGCAGUCCUCCUCACGGCCAGCGGCAGGACAGUAUUCCAGCCAGCCAAAGUCACAGCCAACAAACCGUAGAGAACAGAGUUCUUGGGAACUAUAAACUAGAGAGUCAUAUUUCUGAUCAGCAGAGGAAUGGCUCUGUCCAGUGCAACAACCCUGAAACAUUACUGGACUGCCAGAUACUAGAGAGCCAUGGUCGGCUGCAGCUUAAUGUCCCAGGAAAACAAGAGCUGAACAGUCAGAUCACGAUAGAAAAUACAAGUGGACAUACGGAUAUCGAUGACAUGUAGCUGACUACUAAUUAGAAACUGCAUCUGUAUAUGGAUAAAUGCUAGAAAAGGUGUUGUUUAUUUGGUUCUUUCAUUAUUCCUCAGUCUGCUGCCUUUUUGUGCUCUUUCAUGUUUGGCCUAGAAUAGCGAGUUUAUCUGUGUAUACUAUAAUAUUCUGCCUUUUUUGUUAGGGAAUGAUCCGAGUGACCUCUGUUUUGAUUCGCACCAGCUUUAGAACUAUUCAGCUGUGUUCUUAUCUGUGAUCCUGGACAGAAAUAAUUUCUGGCAACAAGCGGAGGCGUGACACAUUCUGUCAUGUUGUCCAAAUAGUUUCUCAGUCAGGAGUUAACACCGGCCUCAAAGACAGGCUCUGUUCAUUACCAUAUUCUAAUUAAGACAAUAAACCUCAGCUGAAUGAACACAAGGUGACACUUGUGCCUCUGUGUUGCUUCUUGCUCACUACAACCUCCGCCUCUUGUAG